CAAUGUUGAGGCCUUCACCACAAUAGCUCGAUCUUGUAAACAAAAAGAAACUAAAACUAGACAAUACAUUUCUGGGAGUAACUUUGCAUAAGCGUAAGUCAUUUGAGAUUUUAAAAGGGUAAAAAACAUUACAACGCACUGACAAGUCGCACUUUUACAUAAACGUCUGGUAAAGUUGAUUUUACCGAAUGUCCCUGAAGGCAUCGCAAGGCCCUGUGACGUCAGCCGCUCCCCUGCGCUCCCUCUAGCAGCCAGUCAGAGAAGGGAUGCUCUGAACGCAAGACUGCAGCAUCUUCACCGAGAGAACGAGCAGGAAAAAAAAAAACUCGCCUCUUUCUCUGUGUGUUCCUCCAACUCCGCGUCUCCGGACCCUCUUCACCCACCCCGUCACCCCUGGGUGUCUUCAUGAUCGGAGCCAGGACAGGAUAAGAAGAAAGAAAUUAUAAUAGCGCAUCGGAUUUUUUUGUACUAUUAUUGCUUCACCGACCGUUUCUGUCUUUCUUCUUUCUUCGGCUGAUUCCGCCUCUUUGUUUUUCGCUAUUGUUUUUAGUUUAGUUUAGUUUUAUUUAUUGUUCCGUUUCGCCGGCUGUUGCAGAGGAGCGCCACCAUCCUGCACUGCCUGACAUGAGUACGCUCUUUUAUCUGGUUGCAGCGGAAUGACACACAUAUCCUAGCCCACAUAUCAGAAGGUUGAUGGAAGAUUGACGCUCUAUUUGCACGUUUUCAGUAGCCUAGAUCAUUCUCCAUCUGCAGAGGUUCCGGAUUUUUUCCCCCCUCUGACUCAAUCAUCCGCCGCUCCAGCGUUUCUUUCUCUCUGUCCCUGCGCAGCAUCUCGGUACGCACGGCGCACCACGGAGAAACGCGCAGCUAAUCUUUCCCGUCCGUAAAAAACAGGCGUAUUUUCCAAUUCCCAAAUCGCUUUCGCCUUCUCCAAGGACUCAUCUGUACGGCUACGCUGCGUAAAAAAACGGAAAAAAGGGGGAUUUAAACGCAAACGCAGCCCAAGCAUCCAAGAGCAAGCUCGAAAAUGAUGGCCGGCGGAGCAGUACAGCAAAACGGGAUUUUUUCAAAUCCUCACCAUCACAAUCAACAACCACACAUGGAGUCCGAUCCCCCGGACUCACGUAAAAGACCCCUGGAGACUCCGACGGAGGCCAGCAGCACCAAACGCACAAACACAGGAGUGGCCUUCCUGCAGCCCCUUUUUGAAACUGAAGGCAUUGUAUUCCCUCAACAAGAAACUGAGACUCAUGAGGAAGGCGAGUACUUCCUGAAGGUUUUGAUUCCCAGCUAUGCGGCGGGUUCUAUCAUCGGUAAGGGAGGUCAGACCAUCGUCCAGCUGCAGAAAGAGACCGGAGCCACCAUCAAACUGUCCAAAUCCAAAGACUUCUACCCUGGAACGACAGAGCGGGUGUGUCUGAUCCAGGGGACAGUUGAGGCGCUGAACGGCGUCCAUGACUUCAUUGCUGAGAAGGUGAGGGAGAUGCCUCAGAGCACCCAGAAGACUGAGCCGGUCAGCAUCCUGCAGCCACAGACCACCGUCAACCCCGACCGCGUCAAACAGGCCAAGCUGAUCGUCCCCAACAGCACGGCGGGGCUGAUCAUCGGUAAAGGUGGAGCUACAGUCAAGGCGGUGAUGGAGCAGUCUGGGGCGUGGGUCCAGCUAUCCCAAAAACCAGAGGGCAUCAACCUACAGGAACGUGUGGUCACCAUCAGCGGGGAGCCAGAGCAGAACCGCAAAGCUGUGGAGAUCAUAGUGCAGAAGAUCCAGGAGGAUCCACAGAGCUCCUCCUGCCUCAACAUCUCCUACUCCAACAUCACAGGGCCCGUCGCCAACUCCAACCCCACUGGCUCCCCGUACGCCAACUCGACUGAGAUAAUGCCAUCUGCAGCUGCCGCUGCAGCAGCCACAGCUUCCUCUCUGCUUGGUCAGGCCAGCCUUGCUGGGGUCGGGGCCUUCCCGACCACCAUGUCCAGCCUUUCAGGCAACGACCUGCUGGCCAUCACCUCCGCCCUCAACACCUUGGCCAGCUACGGCUACAACACCAACUCCCUGGGCUUGGGGCUGAAUCCCGCUGCAGCCUCAGGGGUGUUAGCAGCUGUAGCAGCUAAUGCUAACCCAGCAGCAGCCGCCGCAGCUAAUUUGUUAGCAUCCUAUGCUAGUGAUGCAUCCACCAGCGCUCACCAAGCAGCAGCUCUCGGAGGCUUCUCCCUGGGGUCCUUGGCUGCAGCUACAGGUGCCACCAAUGGCUACUUAAGCGCUGCAUCGCCCCUUGUUGCAUCAUCUCUACUGGCCUCAGAGAAACUAUCAGAAGGAGCAAAGGAAGUGGUCGAGAUUGCCGUGCCAGAAAACCUCGUGGGAGCCAUCUUGGGGAAAGGAGGGAAGACGCUAGUGGAGUACCAGGAGCUGACCGGUGCCAGGAUCCAGAUCUCCAAGAAAGGCGAGUUCAUCCCUGGAACUCGGAACAGGAAGGUGACCAUCACGGGUUCCCAGGCCGCCACGCAGGCAGCACAGUACCUGAUCAGCCAGCGAAUCACCUACGAGCAGGGGGUACGUGCCACCAACCCACAGAAGGUGGGCUAAACCUGACAGCCAAUGAGAAACGAGGAGGAAAAGAGGAAAAAAAAAGAGUGGGGGCUUGGGGGAGGAGUAUAAAAAAGUGAGAGUGAGAAUGGAAAAAGGAGAGGAGAGCAAGAAUGUCAGAAGGAAUCGUCCGCGCCGUUUUCUUCUGCGUGUUUCAGUAUUCUCUAUUAAAAAAAAGAUUUUUUUUUGACGCAAAGCAAAAAUGUGUUGAGAAGACGAGGAGGGAAUGGAGCGAGUUAUCACGCUGAAAAACCAAGAAAAAAAUGUGUAACUAAAUGUGUAAAUAAGGUUUUAUUACUUAACGUCUUGACCUUUCGGGAUUUUUUAUUGUUUUGUUUUAUUGUUUUGUUUAGUAAAUUAAGCUGUCUGUUUGUUUGUUUGUGUAUUGUGUGGACAAAGCUGAAUGCCAUGUAAACAGGCCGACUGCCUGAGAGGCGACAGGAAGUAGGGGGAGGGAGGGAAGGGUACGGGCAUGGAGGGGGGAGGGUUUGCGUUUACAGGGUACAACCCUCCACCCCCCCAACCCAAAAUCCCUUAUGGAAACAACCCUUACCCCUCCCUCUCCCUGAAGCCCAUACCCGUCACCCUCCCGUAGGGUUUUUGUUUUUCUUCUAGUUUUGAUUUGCCCCUCAGCCCCAUGCCCUGCCUCCUCUCAAAGCCUCUCUCACUACUUGCCCACAGCCUUGCCCUGCCCUCACCCCCUCCCCCCUUUUACAAGGGUUUUGUAAUGAGCAAGACUGCAAACUUAAGCCUGGUGUGUGAGAGAAGAAACAUCCUUAAAUCCCCCCAACCCCUUUUAUUCUCUUCCCCGUCUAUGAUCUCACCUCCCCCCUCCUCCCCUCUUUCUGGGAGAUGAAGGAAGGGUGAGAUGAAUUUGGGGAGGGGUGUGGGGGGGCGAGAAUCAGCUGGGCGUUUCUUCAUUUGCACACCACCCCGUGUAUACCCUGUGAUGUAUCCCACAAGCAGUGCAGCGCCAUAGGGGUGUUACGGCACGUAGCGCCCCCCAUACGCAGCUCUAGUGUUUGAAAUAGAAUGCCGAGGCGCACGCUGAUGACCUCACGUAGUGCGAAACCGACGAGAGUGAUACUGUGCAAGCUGCAGCAAACACACAGGAUCCAUGGCGUUUUUUGCAGUCUGCUGUGAUAAUUCUGUUAAUGAUAUUGUCAUGAUUAUUACGAUAGGAAUCAUCACCAUCGUCAUUAUUUAUUAAUGAGUUCACCCAUAAAAAGCUCAGUUGUUUCUUUUUUUUAUCUGUGAAUUCAGGUUGACAUGAAUGUAAAUGAGACUAUUUUUGAUUUGAAUCUUUUGUUUUAAUUUAAGUGGAUUGAAGAUGAAUAGUAUUGUCACAUAGUGUAAUAUAUGUCUUAUUUAAGUCCAGUAAGAAAGCCGCCCCAGGCAUUAAUAUCAUUACAGUGAAGGAUCACCUUAUAUAUUCAGUCAAAGAGCAGAACAGGGAAUGCUCACACACACACACACACACGUACACACUGAAACAAAACACUAUGAUGCCAUAUGUGGUGCUAGAAAAGGGAAUUCACCAUAUCUAUGAUGCAGACUGCAGUGAGACCUCUAGAUUAGCAAGAAAAUAUCUGCAAAGUACUCACACCACAGGCUGCAGUGCAGCGUCUUUGCAGCUAUAUUAACCUUAAACGCCUGAUCAUCAUGCUGUUUCACGCUGUUCUAAAUAUGUAGUAAAAUGCCCUGUUACAGUUUGCCUAAAAUGUAAAACUGUAACCAAAAUGAAUUAUUGAGUUGAACUGAGACUAGUUCUCAGUUGAGCUGCUACUGCUCAGCCUGUGGUCUUCCAACAUCCUUUACAUGAACCCAAACCUAGUUCAAGCAAGAGCACUUAGGACUCACAACGUACUACUGAGAAAUGCAAACAUUGAGAAAAAGGAAACACUGAAACAUGGCGAUUGUUCAUCCGGGGUCCACUGCUAAAUAUGCACAUCUCACUAGUAGGUUUGCUAUUUUAAGACAGCAUGCAUAUCAGUAAAGGAGAUAAAUAGCCUCACUGAUCUUUGCCCUUAUCAAGCAACCGUCCGACUGCCGAUGAGCUAAAGGGCAGACAUGAGAGAUUUUCAACAUACGUCCAGGGAGCUAAGCUCGAUUCUGCCUCUGGCAAACUGCAGGUCUCCCAUGGCAACUGCCCACUGUAGACCCAGAAGGCUGCUGAAGAUGCUGUUGUUUCUUUUUUUGUUAAUUUUUUUCUUUUGUGCCGUUUUAUUUUUAUUUUUUACAAUCGGAGUACACUGAAUUUUUGUCUUAAUGCACUGUGAAGCGAGGGAGCGGUUCUCUCUGCCUAUGAGGUCAGGGAUGUGUGCUGUAGACGGCAUCGCGAUUGGAUGGUUUUUUUGUAUGGCAGGGAAAAAAAAACACAUAUAUGAAAUAUAUGUAGAAUGCAUAUGAAGAACUUCACCAGAAAUGUACGUCAUAUCUGAAUACUGAAGGAGGAGAAAGAGACUAGGUCGAUGAAGAAGAUCAAUCAAUUUGAGGUCACGAGUUGAGAUCAAUUAGAUUCUGCUUACCUGUUGUCUUGGAAAAGUGUUUUGUAAUUAGGGGGUGGGAUGAUGUGGGAGUAUGAGGUGUCCAGAUUAAAGAGACUGGAACAAAUUAUGAAAUUCACUUUUCUAUCGCAGCUGUGUCUUUUUCAUAAACAGUUGAAAGUGAUAAUGUACUGUACAUCCAAUGGGCAAAUCCAACAGGAGCUAAAGUGUGAUGGCGUGUAAAAUACUAAAAAUGAGGGUGGGGUACAUUUGAUUUAUUGACCUAAACAGCCUGGUGAGGGGAGGGAACUCCUCUAGGAUAAAAAAAACAACAAACUUUUUGAUUCUUUUUAAACCAAUCCGACCCAAAAUCCUCCACUGUGCUAUCGAAUGUGUCACUCUCUGUUGGAGCGCCAGUGAGGGUUUAUCUCCACAGCUUGGUAAGGAGGCUUCUUUACUCCCAUCUAACACCAUUCACUCUCUCCUCACCCUCCCUCCCACCCGUCCUCAGUCCUCCAGUGCACUCCCAUCCUGACACCCCCUCUCCCCCUACUACAUCGCUCCAUGGGUGACUAUGUCUGGUGUAACGAUCAAUGCAUGUCUGCUGCUUGCCCUGACAAACACAGAUUGAGUCUCUCUUCUGUUUGCCUCCUCGGGCGGCUGAGGCUCGGAGACGCCCUGAUCUAAUGUACCACCAUCAGAAAACGACCACACCUGCAGAGGAAGUCAUAGUUGAGGCUGGCAGGGCACAGUGUACAAACAUUCUCAGCUGUAGUUUGGAUCAGUGCGUUUUCAUUUUAUAAAACUGACGAGAAACAUUGUUGAUUUGGAAUACCUUGCUGCACAAACAUAAAACAUACACAUAUUGUGAGGGAGUAUUUUUUCAUUGAUGGGGUUUGACUGGAUUUAUGUUUGAUAUUGUUUGGCAAAAACCUUAUAAGACCAUAGGAAGAUAGUAGUAGUGGUAGAUAGUAUGCUUUUGUUCCACUGUAGAGCUGUACUGUGGUGUAAGCAGUCAGAAACCGAUUAUCCAGUUUAUUUAGUGCAUGUUAUGUCAGGUUUGAGCAGGUAGACUGCUGCUUGACUUUUUUCAAGCAAAAAUGGCAAACAUUUACUGAGCUUUUCCAAUGUGAGGAUUUGCUGCUUCUUAUAUCAUUCAUAUGUUUGGGUUUCGGACUGUUGGUCAGACUAAACAAGCAAUUUGUAGGCUGCUCUGGGAACUUGAGUCGGGCAUUUUUCACUAUUUUCUCAAAUGUGUUAGACUGAACAAAUAUUCAGUUAAUCUAAAUUAAGAUUUUGAAGAUUAAUACUGAUUUAAAGAUUAAUUUUCCAUUUGAACAAACCUGCUUCUAUCGAAAAAGGCUGGAGAUUCCUGAUGAUAACCAGAUCGGGUUUAGAUUGAUGUGCAAUCUGCCUCAUGGCUAAACUACGUUGGAUGCAGCACAGUGUGUUUACAGUGGAAAAACGGCAUUGAAAUUCUUGAUAUAGGUGUCAUUUAAGUUGUUUGAUACUGGACAGAUUUCUUUUUCAUCUCAUUAAUUAAACCAUAGAAAGAUAUUUUUUGGUUUGUCUUUUAAACAGCGGCCAAUCUCUUUAGUUAUCUUAAUGUUAGGUGAUCAAGAUCAAAUGUGACGAGUACUGGAAGCAAUAGAAGCAUGUUGUCCUGUCCUUUACCCUCCGUCUGCCGUAGGAGCUUUGGAUUUAAAUGUUGAAUAGGUUUACAUGAUUAAAAAAAUUGUAAUUUGUUGAAAAUGCUGCUAUUUAAUAAUAACUGAUGUACUAAAAACACAACAUAUCGAAAUCUGUCCUUUAGCUGGAGAGGCAGUGUAAUACAAGCUCUGUUAUAAGCUGACGAUAAGUUAAUAAUAGUGUAAAUCUAACCUGAACAAGUUAAACCUGUGCCAAAAUAGGUCUUUACAGAGUGAAACUGUAAAUGUAGUGAUUUAAACCACAUUAGAUAAGAGGAGACAUACUUUUGUAUUAAGAAAAUGUGAAAAGUGCCAAAUGAACCAUAUUUAUAAUUUACGUAGGAAGGGAGUAGUCCUCGUGUUUUUAAGAACUAAGUAGACUAACGGUCAACGCGCCUCAGUAUAGCAGUUUGUUUAAGCCCUCACUGUUCCUGCCACAAGAGGAGGGACCGCCAUGUUAGCAAAGUGUUAACCAGUCCUCUGGGAACUACACUUCCCAGAAUGCAACAGCACUAUGACUCUGGGCUAGACAAAUCAAUAUAGCGAUAGGUUAGCAUAAUUAUGCGAAGAAAAUGUGACUUGAUAGCAUUCUUAAAUACAGCCUUUUAUAGUUACAAUGAAAAUGUAUUUUGUGGAAAUAGAUGUUAUCUUUUUUGCACGUCUAUAUUGCAUGAUAUCAAAGUGAAGCGUGGACAAAAAAAAAGCAAAACAAAAAAAAAAGAAACAAAAAAGAAGUGAGAAAAAAAUAAUUAGGCAGUGAAUGUCAUUCAUUUUUCCGGAGACAAAUCUUUGCAUGCCAAUAAGGGUAGAGCAUUUUGAUAUUGUUUUACACACGUUCAAAUAUUUGUUGUUUGACUCCUGGUCCACCGACCGAAGGUGAACAAAAAUGUUUAACGUUACAUCAUGUCGUUAAGUUGUCUAACCAUCCUCAAAGGGAUACGAAUAACACUCUCGAACAAACCUAAGACUAUUUUGCUACUUGCUGAGCGAGCUUGUACUUAAAAGUUCUCAGUUGCUGCCUAACUUUAGACUUAAAAAAAAAAAUCAGGAUUUUAUUUCAAAUUAAGACUGAGAUUGUCCAUGAAUGUACUCACCUCUGCAUAAGUUUGCAUAUCACUCCUCUGACCAUUGACGUGCAGUAGAGGCUUUUGUGUGUUUUCGUGUGUUCUUUGUAUUCUAACAUUACUAACACUUGACGCAGUGUCGAGCUCUCAGUAUAACUCUGUUGUCUGUCCUUUUACCCCCCACGCUCGGAGCUCUGGCUUGUCUUGUCAUUGAUAUGCACCUUAUUGACCUCAAAUAUGACAUGGAGCAUCUCCAGCCCCGCCCAGUGUAUUCUAAUGGGGUUGGGAGAGAGUCGUAAAGAGAGAGAGAGUGUGUGAGAAAGAGAGUUAAAAACUUCCCUCCCUCACCUACAAAUGGCCCAAAAAAAAAACCCACACACAAGUAGGUCUGCUGCACUCUCGGUCGCCCUCGGGUGCCUCGCUGCAGAAUUUGGGGCAGAUUGUGUUUUCACUCUCUUAAUAUGCAAUCCAAGGCUCUGAUCUCAGGGAGAGAAACAACACUGAACACUGAACAUUGCCAGUGCUCUCUCUCUCUUUCUCUCUCUCUCUCUCUCUCUCUCUCUCUCUCUCUCUCUCUCUCUCUCUCUCUCUCUCUCUCUUUAAUUUCCCAGCUCAGUUAGAUGCUUUAUUGGCUUCAUUGUCAAACAAAAAAAAGUAGAGAAAUUUUGCCAAAGUCUGUCCACCUCUCUCACUCUCUCAUUCCCUAUUAUGCAACCAGUAACGAGUAUUUCCAGUGUGGUCAUGUUUUGUAUCCUGACAGAUGUUGUCAUGGGAGAUGGCCCGCUUCUUACAAAACUCCCCCCCCAAAAAAAAAGGAAAAAUUUCCAUUUCUGCUCCUAGCGACAUGUUUGCACUAAACUCUCUGCUGUUACUGUGCAUGGCAGGCCGAGCUGAGGUGGGGGACAGUGUGCGAGACUACUGUAGAUGUGUAGCCUUACUGUAGGUGUUUAUUCAGCAGUGUAUUUAGAUGUGCAUGCUCCUCUCUCUCCCUCUCUCUGAGUUUGUCUGCUUUAGGUCAGCUCCGUGCUCGUGGUGUCUGUGUUGCGACGUAGUCGGCUCUUUCUGUUUUUAUUGUGAUGUGUAGAGGAAUGCAAACUUAACUCUCGCCUGCUUGCCAGGUGACCUCAUUGCUUCUCAGUGGGUGUGGCUCUUCGACAUAGUCCUCAGAUCUUGUUUUUUUGUCCCUCCCCUCCACCGCCACCUCCACAAACUCAAACCCACUCUCACCCACACCCACCACUGACCCUCCCACCUCUUCAAAACACCCUCUAAGACAUAUUAUGGGACCCCGCUCUUCCCCUUUUCCACCCACCUUCCACCCCAAACUCGGGCCCCAUCGAAGCACCAGCAACUGUAGACUGCAUUUGUCAUAUCACUGUUUUUCUGUUCCUUCUUCUCGUUGUUGAUUUUUUUUUCCUGGUUUUGAUUUGUACUGUAUGCUCUGUCUAACCUAGACCAGUUUUAACAAAAUGCCAUUUCUGUGUGUAGCCUGUUUACCCCUCCCCCACACACACACACACACACACACACACACACACACACACACACACACACACACACACUCUCUCUCUCUCUCUCUCUCUCUCUCUCUCUUCCAUGCCCUCUUUUUUGCACUUUCACUGCCCACUCCUCCUCCUUGCCCAAACAUACACACACUUUCCUCCUCUGCCUCCCACGAGUCUCUUCUCUUGAGUGCCAAAAUAGAACAGAGAGGAAAAAAACUAAACAAAAAAAAAGACAACAACAACAACAACAACUACCAUUCCAAGCGUUUCUUUGAGUUGUUCUUGUGUGUCGGACAUCCAUCCUGGAAGCACCCAUGAAGCCAGCAUGCUCCGCCCUCAUAACAUGAUGUCGCUCAUGACGCCUCAACUGAACAACACCUUGCCCCCCACCACCACCACUCCUCCUCCUCCUCCUCCUCCUCCUCACCACCCCCCACAGAGCUAAACCCGACAAGGAUUAACCCCUCUGCAGGUUGGCUACCUACCUACUGUCCUGCCUCUCAACCUAAAAAAGCCCUACCGCUCAUGCCAGCUGCUUUCCUAAUUCUGUCAUCUCUUCAGCCUGUGGGACUUCAUUGAUUGUGUGCCAUAGUGUUGGGGGCACCUUUCACUCUCCUCACCUCCCCCUCUUUCUACCCACACCUUUUCUCUCUUUCUACCCCCCCUCCCUCUCUCGCUCUCGCUCCAUUUGAUUUUUCUCGAUGGGAAAGAUUCAAAAACUCCAUUUUCUAAUGAUGAUUUUUUUUGUUGUUGUUUAACAUCCAAACCACGCACUCCGACACACGCACCGCCCCCGCGCGGUGGUGUGGGGAGUGUUUACGCACCGUCAGCUGCGCAGCCAUCCUCUGUCUUCUUGAACUUUUUGAACUUUCACCCCCUCAUGAACUUUAUUGACCUUCUUCCUCCUCCUCCUACACCCCUUCUGUGUUCAUCCAACUGUUUGGACGAUAACUCUCCAUUCCAUCCCCAAAACCUCUCUGAGACUGUGCAAUGCUAGCUGAUAUGAUUGGAUUUUUUUGUUUGUUUGUUUGUUGCUCAUCAUUGGGGACAAUUCUCUGAGAUAUAAGUCGAAAAAGAACAAAAAAAAAACAUAUGAAAGGAAGAAAAAACAUUCAAAAAAGAAGUGCAGACAAACAAAAAAAGGAAAAAAAAACACUAAACAACUGUUUCUCCACAAUUUCAUUUUUUUUUCUCUCUCAUUGUAAAUAUUUUCGUCAGAUUUUUGCCAAGCUGUAAAGAGAGAAGUGUUGAGCAGAAAGGGGCCGGCAGCAUAAAGAGGUACUGGUGGACGCGGUAGACGAUCAUUACACUUCUCAACCUCUGUAUCCGAUAGUUAGAUCUGCCUGUAUAAUCGAUUAUGCUAGUUCUACUGUGUUAACCUGUGCUGUUGUUAUUAGUGUUGAUUUACCUACUGUAUUCGCUGUUUAGCUUCCAUGUUGGUUAGCAAACUCUUUAGAUACCUGUGCUCAUAGAAUAAUAAUACUAACCUUGAGAAGUAGUCCGAGCCAUUCUCAACGUAGGCUUGUUUUUGUACAUUUGUUGAUGUUUUCCUAACAGUGAGUUGUAGUGGCGCUAGUAUCUUUUAUCAUCAAGACAUAGUUAUUGAAUAUGCUUGGUCGUGUUAGAGACAUAUCAUCGUGGAAAACGGCUCGACUCGGCUCCUCUAGGUCGGAAAAAAACCCAGGGAGGUGGACCGAACAAAAUAAAAAAAGAAAUUAAGCUCCUCCCGGGCUACUAAAUGAGGAAGCUGAGCUGCUAACCUUUGUGCAAUACAGUCCUAGUUUACAUAACAUAGAAUGAUAGUUUAGAGAUGAAUAACCUCUGCAGGGGCCAUUCAAACAUCCUGCUGCCUGCAGAACCAAACUGUGGCAUAUCUCCAUAUUUCGCCUGCACAUCAGAGACAUUUUGAAAGUAUUAAAGUGACUGCGUGAGAUUAGACUCCACCAUUUCAUCGCAUUGCUCUGAGCUCCACUCUUGAUUUAUGCUGCCUGCCCCAUUGCCCUGAGAACACCACACAUGAGCUAUUUAUUUCUCAGACUAUUAUUAUUAUUAUACUAUUAAUAAAUAACAACGCAACAAGAAAAAGGGAACGACUGGAAAAAGGUGAAUUAAUAUUAGUAUUGUUUUGUUUUUAUUUUUAGUAUUUUAGUGGUUGCUUUUAACAACAUUCAUUAACUGACUUAAAGAGUAUUGAAUAUUUAAUGUAAUUGUAGCAUUGUGUUUGUAAAGAGAAAAAAAAACCUAGUGAGUUGUGUUUCUUGACUUGUGGAUUACCAGUGAAGUGGGCAAUCUAGUGCUAAUAUAUAUGAGGUCUUUUUUAAGGAUUCUUAUUUUGCGACAGCAACAGCAGUCAUUAUAAAUGUUCAUUUUAGCAUCA